AUGAGUCUACUGUUUCCAGAUCUCAGUGUCGUAGAAUCUGCAACAACCGAAUUCACAACCUUAAUCUACAAAGGAUGUUCGAAACAGCAAUUCUCAGAUCCAACUGGCUUAUACUCACAAGCUCUCUCUGCUAUGUUCGGCUCAUUGGUCUCUCAAUCCACUAAAACCAGAUUCUACAAGACCACCACAGGAACAAGUCAAACCACAAUAACUGGUCUCUUUCAGUGUAGAGGAGAUUUAACCAACCAUGACUGUUACAACUGUGUAAGUCGUCUUCCCGUUCUCUCCGACAAGCUCUGUGGCAAAACCAUUGCCUCCAGAGUCCAGCUUUCCGGCUGUUAUCUUCUCUAUGAAGUCGCUGGCUUUUCUCAAAUUUCAGGGAUGGAGAUGCUGUUCAAGACUUGUGGGAAGAACAACAUCGCCGGAACAGGGUUCGAGGAGAGGAGGGACACGGCGUUUGGGGUGAUGCAAAACGGCGUAGUUUCGGGGCAUGGAUUCUACGCGACCACUUACGAAUCUGUCUACGUUUUAGGACAGUGCGAAGGCGAUGUCGGAGACUCCGAUUGCAGCGGCUGCGUUAAGAACGCCCUCGAAAAAGCUCAGGUCGAGUGUGGGAGCGCAAUCUCCGGUCAGAUUUACCUCCACAAGUGCUUCAUCGCUUAUAGCUAUUACCCAAAUGGUGUCCCUAGGAGAUCUUCUUCUUCUUCGUCUUCUUCGUCCAGCUCCGGCUCUUCCAGUUCAGAUAUCUCGUCUUCCACAGGAGCAACAGGGAAGACGGUGGCAAUAAUAGUAGGAGGAGCUGCUGGUGUUGGCUUUCUUGUCAUUUGCUUGCUUUUCGCCAAAAACUUGAUGAAGAAGAAACAUGACGACUAUUGA